CACCACCACCACCACCACCGUGGCGUCUCUCUCCGCCAUUACUCCAGCACCAUGUCGGCGCCCAACCACGACUAUCACAAAUUCGACUGGCACUUCAACACGGAGCUCGAGGACGAGACCAUCGAACUCCGAGGCCGGAGGCUCAUCUUUGUUAUCGUCCUCUUCGUCAUUAUCCUCAUCACCACCGCCUUCUUCGUCUACCUCCGCUGGAUCUGCCGCUCCCGCGGCCUCAUCCCGGUCACAUCGAUCCACCUCCGCCACCAGUUGCCGCCGCACACUCAACCUCAGUCCAACGGCCUGGACGCGGCCACCAUCAAGAAACUCCCGAUCGUGCUCUACCAGGCGCCGCCAACUGCGUCUGCGACAGAUCUGAACCGCGGCGGUGCGUUGGAAUGCUGCAUAUGCCUGAGCGCGUUCCGCGACGGAGAGAAGCUGAAGACUCUUCCCGGUUGCAAGCACCGAUUCCACUGCGAGUGCGUAGACAAGUGGCUCACGAAUCACUCGAGUUGCCCGUUGUGCAGAGCUUCUCUCAAGCUCGCUCCUCCAUUACCGAGGAUUUUGUAUCCAGAACCUCCCAUUAGAAUCACUAUUAACAAUGAAGAACAAUGAGUUCUCAUUCAGAUCUCUUUCUUU